CGAGCAUCACCACCAAGAUGGCCGACGCUAUGGAGGAAUAUGAGAAAGAAGCUGGCUGCGUCCCUAUUCUCCAUCCUGAGGAAAUCAAACCCCAGAGUCAUUACAAUCACGGCUACAGCGAGAAUGUCAGCCGUAAAAACCACGUGGAUGACUACAGCACCUGGGACAUUGUCAAAGCUACACAGUACGGCAUCUUCGAGCGCUGCAGGGAGUUGGUGGAGGCAGGUUUCGAUGUUCGGCAGCCAGACAAAGAAAACGUAACGCUCCUUCACUGGGCUGCCAUCAACAACAGGAUAGACUUGGUCAAGUACUACAUAUCAAAGGGAGCUAUAGUUGACCAACUGGGAGGAGACCUCAACUCCACACCUCUGCACUGGGCUACCAGACAAGGCCAUCUAUCUAUGGUGGUGCAGCUCAUGAAAUAUGGUGCUGACCCAUCUUUGAUCGAUGGCGAGGGCUGCAGCUGCGUCCAUUUGGCCGCCCAGUUCGGCCACACUUCCAUCGUGGCCUACCUCAUUGCCAAAGGACAGGAUGUGGACAUGAUGGAUCAGAACGGCAUGACUCCUCUAAUGUGGGCGGCUUACAGGACACACAGUGUGGAUCCCACCCGGCUGCUACUCACCUUCAACGUGUCUGUCAACCUGGGUGACAAAUAUCACAAGAACACGGCGCUGCACUGGGCCGUGCUGGCCGGCAACACCACCGUCAUCAGCCUGCUGCUGGACGCCAACGCUAACGUCGAUGCACAGAACAUCAAGGGUGAAACACCACUCGAUCUUGCCAAGCAAAGGAAGAACGUUUGGAUGAUCAAUCACUUACAGGAAGCACGGCAGGCCAAAGGCUACGACAGCCCGUCCUACCUGAAGAGACUGAAGAUGGACAAGGAGUUCAGGCAGAAGGUGAUGCUGGGAACGCCCUUCGUGGUCAUCUGGUUAGUUGGUUUCAUCGCUGACCUGGACAUCGACUCCUGGCUGAUAAAGGGCGUCAUGUAUGCUGGUGUCUGGGUUGCAGUGCAGUUCCUCUCCAAGGCUUUUUUUGACCACUCCAUGCACAGCGCUCUCCCUCUGGGAAUCUACCUGGCGACCAAGUUUUGGAUGUACACCACCUGGUUUUAUUGGUUCUGGAAUGAUCUCCCCUUUGCCACCGUCCACGUGCCCUUCCUCAUUAACACCCUGGCUCUGUUCUACAACUUUGGUAAAUCCUGGAAGUCUGAUCCAGGAAUCAUCAAAGCAUCCGAGGAGCAGAAGAAAAAGACAAUUGUGGAGCUUGCAGAGACAGGCAGCCUGGAUCUGAGCAUAUUCUGCAGCACCUGUUUGAUACGGAAGCCCAUUCGGUCCAAACACUGCGCCGUGUGCAACCGCUGCAUUGCCAAGUUUGACCACCACUGUCCCUGGGUGGGGAACUGUGUGGGAAGUGGGAAUCACCGCUACUUCAUGGGUUACCUCUUCUUCUUGCUCUGCAUGAUCUGCUGGAUGAUGUACGGCUGUAUCUCCUACUGGAGGAUCCACUGCGCCACCAGUUACGCCAAGGAUGGUUUCUGGCUCUAUCUGACACAGAUCGCCUCCUGCUCCCCUUGGAUGUUCUGGAUGUUCCUCAACAGUGUCUUCCACUUCAUGUGGGUGGCCGUGCUCAUCAUGUGUCAGCUCUAUCAGAUCGCCGCUCUUGGAAUCACCACCAACGAGAGGAUGAACGCUCGGAGAUACAAGCACUUUAAAGUUACAGCCACCUCCAUCGAGAGCCCCUUUAAUCACGGCUGCAUCAGAAACCUCAUAGAUUUCUUUGAAAUCCGCUGCUGCGGCCUGAUCCGGCCCGUCACGGUGGACUGGACCACACAGUACACAAUAGAAUACGACCAGACGUCUGGCUCGGGCUACCAGCUGGUGUAGAGGAGGAGUAAGAGGAUGAAGAGGGAAGGGGGAGUGUGAGCAAAGCGUGGAUAGAUAAAUGGAAGGAUGACCCUCACUCUCCCUCUCCACCCCUCCUCUGGCGAGCAUAUCUGAGUGAUGGCGUUCUCGUGAGCACCUGCUUUUUGGACCAUCUCUCCCUCACUGAUCAAACAACAACAACAACAACAAAAAAAGAAUCAGCCAGGACUAGCAUGCUGUUACGGGGCAACACCACACCCACCCCCUCCCCCUGGCCUUCACCACCACCACCUUUACUACUAUUACUACUACUAUUACUCUACCUUUGCCGCUGACCAACUCUCUUCCUCUCUUUUCCCGAGCUCUUUGGACGGUGCGUUGCUGCCAGGCACAAAUGACAAGGAGAGAGGAAUUACAAAACUUAAAAGCUCUUCUAUCCGGAGACUCGACACUGCAGAAAAAGUAGAGCCACGAAGAGGCAACGCUGUUCUUUCCCCGUCCCCCACUCGAUAUCUUAUUUAUGGUGUCCCUGUCCGUGUGCCCCGUACAUGUCUGUUUCUGAUUGGUUCGGGCGCUCUGCCGUUCCUGUCACAACUAACUGUGGUGAAAGAUAAAAGAAAGUUGUUUUUUUUAAUAUAUACAUGUAUAUGAAAAAAAAAAAGCAAGAAAUCGUUUUAAAGUAUGAUAGAAAUAAGGGAAAUUCUUUUAAGGUCUUGUUUUUUGUGUUUUUUUGUUUUUAUUCUGCACCGUGAUGAGUUUCCAGCGGAGCUGAUUAUUUGCCAACCAGUGCUGAACUUGUCAUAGGAGAGCGUUUGGUUAAAGGGAGCCGCUGCAGAAGUCCCACUUCUCACCUGCUCGAGUUAAAGCUGCUUUCCUCUCGAGACACAGGCUUAGUGCAAAUAGGAGGGGUUUAACCCCAGAGUAGUUACUGUGCAGUAAGAACGCAGGAUUGGGAGCACACGGAGAGCAACUCCUUCAGCGGCAACCGCUCUAGAAACGUGACAGAAACGAUCCUACAGACAAUGUGAUACUAUGUGAGGUAUAUUUAUUUUCAAACUAUUUAUAGACAAAGUAACUAUGUUCUAGCGCCAUCAUCUUUACAUUUCAGAUCAACUUAGCUGAGUAGGUUUUAUGAGUUAAAAAUGUUAAAAGGCGUGUGUACGUGUAGCUGUAGAAGAUGGAGGGCAGAGACGUUUGCCUGCAAACCCCUGUAGGCGGCUACAGCAAGUGUAUUUAUUACCUGCAGAGUUUAAGAGAAGGCCGCGGGAGGACAGAUGAGUUUACAAGAGUUUCAUUCCGUGUGUUUUUCUUCAGAAGCUGUACAGUCUUAUUUGUUUUGUUUGUUGUGUCAUUUGUCUGCCUACAUUAUUGCACUGAUAUAUUUUUUUUUAAGUUUGAAUUUUUCUUUUUUUUAAAUUUUGGCCAUUACUGAACAGAAGCAGAGCUUCACGCCGACGCUUCCAUUGUUUACACAGAAGGAAAAGGACGGCCCGCCUCACAUCGCUUUAUGUUCGGACCCCCGCACACGCAGCCUGCUCCACAGCAGCAGCAGGAGGAUGACCUGAAAUGUCAAGAAUGUGCAUCUGUACAUAAACAUCAUCUCCCUCUGCUUUUUCUUUUCAUCAGUGUUAGCCCAACAGUGCUCCUGGACCUUUUUUUUUUUUCUUUUCUUGCAUUUGGGGGAUUUCUUCCAAACAAGCCGAAAGGAGAAACUCGAGUGACUAUACUCCAAGUGUAUGACUGUAGCUUUUAGUGAUGUCCGUCACUGCUGUCGAUAGGCGUUUUAACUCUUAAGAAGCUCCACUGCAUGUAUGAUGCUUGGGACAGCCGGGCUGUCGCUGUCCCUAUCGUCGUCUUCUUCAUGGUGACAGCCAAGCGAGCCCUGUGUCUGUAUAUAGUGAAUGUUAAGUAUUUGCAAGUACUUUCCUGCAUUCUGUUCAUUUGUCCUUUUUUAGGUUGCUUUCUCUCAAAUCCAGUGUAUUUAGUGAAAGUUGUCCUUCAGGUCGCCAGCUUUCCAAUGGGACCCUCCCUGUGCAAGCGUGUAAUAUGUUUGAAUGUUCCAUUUUUUGUUUUAUUUUAUUUCUACCUUAUAUACCGCUGGGUUUGUUAUUACCACUGGAUGUACAAAUUGUAAAGCAAAGACACUAGAGAACUAAGGCAGAUGCCAUUUUUGUUUUAUUUUGGUUCUGUUUUUUAAAAGCUGAAAUGUGAUCAUGCAAUAGUUUUAAGGAUAGAGGGAGGUUAUAUUAUAUGAAGGCCUCCAAAACUUUUGAGCCUAGUGUUUGCAUCAUCAGAAUGGGACGGUUAUGUCAUCAUUACACGUUUCAAGCCUCCAUCUUUACUAACCGCUGAUGUCACUGCUGCCCUAUGAACAUGACACACAGCAGCUUUGUUUUGUGUGCUUUAACGGUCAGAAGGCCCUAACCCAGCUGUACAUUUCAUAUCAGUAACUAGCCUCUUGUGUUCUAAUAAUGCCUUUUAAGCGAACAUAGAUAUAUGUAGGCUAGUUUUGUUUUUUGUUUUUCUUUAGGGCAGUUCACCACUUCAGGCUCACACAGGACAUGAAUUCAAAGCCAUCUCAGUCCUCACUAGUUCUUCCAGCAGCCUAAAAAGUCUCUUGUCUCCCCCGCCCCCUCCUCUCUCACCUUCACCAUGUGGGAUAGUAAAAGCAGAAAAAAAAGAAAGCACAUAAUCAUCUCCAGUGCCUCUUUGCCCACCUCCAGACAUCACUGUUACUCCGCUUCAGAUGUAAACAUAUGGGCAUGGUUCAGUUUUAAUGGCUUUAAUAAUAAAAUACAGUCAAAUGUGA